UCCGUAGAUACCGUGAGAGGCGUUAACUGUUGUGGUAGAAAUGAUCCUUUUACUGCCGACAGCUGCCUGGGACACAGUUUAACUUUAAUUAUUUCUUAUCUGGAUAACAUCGGCCAGCUUCACUAGGGGCUCGUUUAAAGAGAAGGAAGAGUGUUUGGUGUCCAGGUGUCCAGGUGUCCAGCUGUUUGUUGUCCAGGUGUCCAGGUGUCCAGCUGUUUGGUGUCCAGGUGUCCAGGUGUCCAGCUGUUUGGUGUCCAGGUGUCAGGUGUCUCCAGUGAGACAGGAUGAGCUCUAAAGGAGGCGGCACAGCUCUGACCCGCCGCAGCUACAGACUGGCGUCAGACACAGACAAACCCAAAGCCACAGGUAUAGUGAACGAGAAGCUGCUGAGCGACUACCUGUACCACGUCUUUCCUUCCACCAAACAGGGACCUGCCCUGGCCUCCCUCAGGAAGCCUCUUGGUUUCCAGGAUCUCGGUGCUCAUCUGGAAAGACUUCUGUCUGAGGGAGAACCCGCUGAGGACAUCAGAGAUCAGGCUGUUGAAGGCCGUCUGGGUCCUCAGCCCGUCGUCCUCGAUCACACCAGCGGAUUCGAAGGACUUCUGUUCGUAGAUGAUGAUCUGCUCGGGGUCAUCGGCCACAGCAACUUCAGCUCCAUCAGAGCCACCACAUGUGUUUAUAAAGGGAAAUGGGCCUACGAGGUUCUGAUCUCCUCUCAGGGUCUGAUGCAAAUCGGCUGGUGCACUCUCAACUGUCGCUUCAACCAGGAGGAGGGUGUCGGCGACACUCCCGACUCGUAUGCUUACGAUGGAAACCGAGUGAGGAAGUGGAACGUGACGACCACUAACUACGGAAAGUCGUGGGCGGCCGGAGACAUCGUCAGCUGUCUGAUUGACCUGGAUGAAGGAACCAUCACCUUCUGUCUGAACGGCCAGUCUCUGGGAACGGCAUUCACCAACAUUAAGAUGGGUCCGGGCGUCGCUUACUUUCCCGCCAUCAGCCUCUCCUUUAAAGAGUCGGUGGCUUUCAACUUUGGCAGCAGACCGCUCAGGUACCCUGUCGAUGGCUACGUGCCCCUCCAGAACCCCCCCACUGCAGACCUGAUGAAGGCUCAGAAACUGCUGGGCUACAUGAAGAACGUCCUCUCCACCGCCAUCGAUACUCAGGACGAGCGCUUGGUGGAGAAGGACAGUGCGGCGUGGAGACUUCACGGAGAACCGACUGUCCUCAUCACUCUGGCUCACAUAUUCAACCACUUCGCUCCACUCAUGUGUAAAGUGUACCUGGUGGAGGACGUGCUGAUGAACUUCCUGUUGGGGAUUCUGGAGGGAGGGGGGUCGGUAGAUGAACACCCACUCAUACAGCAGCUGCUGGAUCUGUUCUGGCUGCUCAUGGAGGAUUAUGAAGUGAACGAGUGUCUAAAGCAGCUGAUGAUGUCUCUGCUGAGAGCGUACCGCUUCUCUCCCAUCAUCCCCGACCUCGGCUUCCAGAUCCACUACCUGCGUCUGACCACGGCCAUCCUGCACCACGAGAAGUCCAGGAAGUACCUGCUCAACAACGUCUUGUUUGAUGUUCUGCGCUCCGUGGUGUUUUUCUACAUCAAGACUCCUCUGAGGGUGAAGGAGGCGGGGCUCGAGGAGCUGAUCCCCACCACCUGGUGGCCCACACACUUCGACAAGGAGGGGAAAGACGAGCGAGAGCCGAAAGAUGAAAGUGCGGAUGAGCGUCUGAGACGGAGAGCAUACGAGAGAGGCUGCCAGAGACUGAAGAAGAGGAUAGAAGUGGUGGAAGAGUUGCAGGUUCAGAUCCUCAAGUUGCUGCUCAAUAACAAAGACAAAACUACGGGAGAAGCCUCGCGUUACAUUUUCCUCAAUAAGUUCAGGAAGUUUCUCCAAGAAAAUGCCAGCAACAGAGGGCACCCCACAGCCCUGUGUCCCCCUGAGUACAUGGUGUGUUUCCUGCACCGCCUCAUCACGGCGGUGAGGGCGAGCUGGGACGACAGCAGCCGGAAGAGUCCGAGCAGCGUCAGCAGUGAAGAGGCGUACGUCCCUCCCCAGCUCUUCUACAACGGGAAGGUGGACUACUUUGACCUGCAGAGACUGGGGGGGCUGCUGUCCCACCUGAAGAAAACACUCAAAGAUGACUUGGCGAGCAAAGCGAACAUCAUCAUCGACCCGGCGGAGAUCCAGAGCGCUUCGAUGGAUGACCUGGACGAAGACGAGGAGAGCGGCGCCGCUCAGCGGCCGUUUGGCGCAGCGGCGAUGGGCGGAGCCUUGGCGCGGCCGAGCUGGCUGAGUUCUCCGACUCUGGGCCGAGCCAACCGCUUCCUGAGCACAGCCGCCGUCAGCCUCAUGACCCCCCGCCGCCCCCCCACCCAGCCGGAGAAAGUCAAGGUCCGCACGCUCGCCGUGGAGCACCGCACCGAGGACGACAUUGAGGGUAGCCAUGGUAACGACGGCCUGUUGCUGGGGCGACCGCCGGAGGAGCCCGAGCAGCCAAUGGCAGACAAGUCUCUGCUGGAGAUCGUUGACGGCAUCGUGAUGAUGUACAACCUGAGCGUCCAUCAGCAGCUGGGAAAGAUGGUGGUGGUUGCAGACGAUGUCCACGAAUACGCCGUUGCUCUGAAGGACACCGAGGAGAAGAUCGCUCGCUGUCCCGCACGGAGAGCAGACAUCCUGGACGAGCUGCAGAAAAGCCAGAAGGUGUUUGCAGAGAAACUGAACCAUCUCAGCAGGAGACUGGCCUGGAUCAACGCCACCAUCUACUCCAAGGAGAAGAUGCUGGAUGUGUACUGGCUGCUGUGUGUCUGUAUUCGGACCAUCGAACACGCUGACAGCACCGGCUCUCUGUUCGCCUUCGCUCCGGAGUUUUAUCUCAACGUGGCGAUGAACGCGUACAGCGCUCUGAAGAACUACUUCAGCCCCGCCAACAGCAUGGAGGAACUGCCAGGCUACGAAGAAACUCUGACCCAACUGGCUGCUAUCCUCGCCAAGCACUUUGCUGAUCCACGGAUAGUAGGAACAGAUAUCAAAGACUCUCUGAUGCAGGCCCUCGCCAGCUACGUCUGUUACCCACAAUCCCUCAGGGCAGUGGAGAGGAUCCCGGAGGAACAACGGGUGGCGAUGAUGAGGAACCUGCUGGCUCCGUACGAACAGAGACCCUGGGCCCAGACCAACUGGAUCCUCGUCAGACUGUGGAGGGGCUGUGGGUUCGGCUACAGAUACACUCGUCUUCCUCACCUGCUGAAAACCAAACCGGAGGACGCCAACCUGCCCAGUCUGCAGAGAGAUCUGUCCAUUGCUAGUUUCCAAAAGCCGUGUCCGUCCCUGCUGCUGCAGAGACACAUGGCGGAGCUGCUGAGCGUGGAUAAAGACAUGGCUGCCUCGUUCCUCAACAGCGUCCUGAACCAACUGAACUGGGCUUUCUCCGAGUUCAUCGGCAUGAUCCAGGAGAUCCAGCAGGCUGCAGAGCGUCCCGAGAGGAACUUUGUGGACACUCGUCAGCUGAAGGUGUGUGCAACGUGCUUCGACCUGUCCGUCAGUCUGCUGAGAGUUCUGGAGAUGACGGUGACUCUGGUUCCUGAGAUCUUCCUGGACUGGACCCGUCCGUCUGCAGAGCUGCUCCUCCGACGCCUCGCUCAGCUGUUGAACCAGGUGUUGAACAGAGUGACGGCAGAGAAAAACCUGUUUGAUCGAGUCGUCAACCUCAGACUGCCAGGUCUGGAGAGUGUGGACCACUACCCUAUCCUGGUGGCUGUUACCGGCAUCCUGGUUCGGAUCCUGGUGGACGGAGACAGACAGGGGAUCUCUCGGGCUUCCUCAGUGCUGCUCUCUGACCCCUGUUUCCAGCUGCACUCCAUCCAGCAUCUGUUAGGAGAGGGAGCAGACUCCUCCGGCCCCCCGGCGGCCGUCGCCGCAAUCCCUGCCGCCCCCCGUCCAGUCGUCGGGUCCCUGGUGUCGGCCGUGGCCCCGGUGAUCCCUGCAGCUGCUGCAAACACCGGGGCUUCAGAACGCAAGCACUUCUCCCUGCACGCAUACACAGACUACAUCAGCGAGGAGGAGAAGCAGAAGGUGGAGCUGAUGUUGGCGUUUCUGACGGAGGAAUCCAAAGAGGCGGCAGCCAGCACGGCGCCGACCAGUGAGGAAGAUCUCUGCCCCAUCUGCUACGCUCACUCCAUCUCAGCCAUCUUCAAGCCCUGCUCCCACAAGUCCUGCAAAGCCUGCAUCAACCAGCAUCUGAUGAACAACAAGGACUGCUUCUUCUGCAAGGCCACAAUCACCGGGGUGGAGGACUACAGCAAGCCUGCAGCCUGCUAACACACACACACACACAGAGACACACACACACACAGACAGAGACACACACACACACAGAUACACACAGAGACACACAUACACACACAGACACACACACACACACACACACACACACACACACACAGACAUACACACUCUGAAGCAUUAUAAAAAUAGAGGCGUAGACGGGAAUACGGCAGCGUCCUUCGGUGUCAGAACUAGCUGUCAUAUUAGCACAACAUCUCACCUCUACCUGUCAGUGCAGGUACACACACACACACACACACACACACACACACACACACACACACACACACACACACACACACACACAGGAUGGCAGGUGUGUAGAGAAACUGGAACACAGAUACACAGACAGGAACAGUGAUAUCUAUAUCCUAGAUUCCUGAACUUUACAGACCUGGUCACUCACUGACAUUCAUUUCACCAAGGAUCAUAUUGUGUUAAACCAUACUUCUUAUAGAUGUGAUACAUUGUAUUAUCUAUAUUUUGAGUGAGUUUUCUGGGGGAAACAUUACAUGAGGGAAAUGUCCAUCAUUCAGUUUUUUAUCAUCCACAAGUGUCAAAUUAGGGUUUACGUGUAUCACUAGGGCGGGCCUGUUCACAGCGGGCCCACUGCUGGGGUCUCAGGAGCUCUUUCACAGCUUUAUCUAACUCUAAGUACGCUUAGCAGACUGCACAGAAUGGGGGGAGAAAUGUGCACAGAAUGGGGGGAGAAAUGUGCACAGAAUGGGGGGAGAAAUGUUCACAGAAUGGGGGGAGAUGUGUGCACAGAAUGGGGGGAGAAAUGUUCACAGAAUGGGGGGAGAAAUGUUCACAGAACGGGCACCCAGAGAUUCCACAAAUGAAUGGAUUUGACAACUCUUUGUAUUGUUGCUUAGAUUGAAUGAUAUCAUGAGCAUGUGUAGUGACUUAUAACCAGAAGCAAACUGAAUCUGCGAUAUUUCUUUUAUUUUUAUGUUUUUCAGCGGUAAUCCAGGAUGAAAAUCUGCAGAAUUUAGCGGACUGCUUUUGAGAGCAAUGAGAAUUAUUAUUAUUAUUAUUAUUAUUAUUAUUAUUAUUAUUAUUAUUAUAAUAAAGUCUGAUCCUUGCAAAAAUGAAUGUCAGUAUUAGGUAGUAUUAUGAUACCUGAUGAUUGUUAUAAAACAUCAUGAACACUUGAAGGAGUGCUUAUAACUAUAGUUACACAGGGUUAUAAACACAUUAUAGGUAUGUUUAAUACCCUUUAUAGACACUUUCAUCCUUAUUUAAAAAUAAAUCAGACAAUCAGAGACUCAAGACCACCACCAAACGUUGUAGUUUUGUGUCUCUGUGAGUCAAGGGUCUUGCUGCUUUGGGGGCCUUGAACAGGUUUGAUCUCAGGGGCCCCCCCGGUGUCUCAUAAUCCAUCCAGGACCGACCUGCAGAUAUGCAUGCAUCGCUACUUCCACACCAACGUACUGUAAACAUGAGGAAACCCACAGUGAUGCAGGGAGCAGCUUCCAGCCAUCUGAACCCACUCUCCAGACUUUAACUCCCACUGUACACUCUCACACUUUAAGAACAAGUCACUAGAAAAGAAAUAGGGCUCUGGACUGAAGAAGUGUGUUUCUGCUGGCUGUAGAUUUUAUAACAUUAAAGGGUUUCUUGUUGUUGUUUUUUGUAA